CGAGAGCGGUUAAGUUUUGCGGGACUCAGUCCGAUGCGGUUAUGCUGUUUCUCGCGCAGUCCCCACAGCCUAGUUGGAGUUUUUGUGAUUUGCAGCGCAGACAGAGGCCUGUUGAUCAAGCAGACGGUCCGCCCAGAUGUUUUCAUUUUAGACGAUGUCUUACUCGUCUGUGGAACGGGGAAUUUUAUGUGGAUAUGAAUCGAAAGUGCAGUGUUGGAUUUUGUUUCUUUCUGUCGCUUCAUAUUUAAAAUCGACGCAAUGAACAACGAAUUGUUAUUAACUCAUAAUUAGUUAUUUUUUGUUUUUCAAAGUCACAUUUAAAUUUCAUGACAGCAGGCCAUUCUACAGCUGGUAAAUGCGAAGAGUAGCAGAAUGGACAAGAGCUUUGAAUGCCCGUAUUGGGCGCUGACGGUGGACGACGUGUACGACAUCGCCAAGUCGAUUGGGGCAGAGGUGGAGAAGUUACUUGACAAUUAUGGCAAGGAGAGUGUCGAGGGACUGGUGCCCAAGACUGUCAAAGUUCUGGAGCUAUUGGAGCACUUCGCGGCUCGAAAUCGAGCAGUUCUGGAGGUCGCAGGGGCCGAGCACGAGCUGUUGCGCGCCUUUGGGAACCCUCAUGCCCAGCCGCCGCCACCACCGCCACGGAAGAGUGCGGCGCCAGAGGACGAAGAGGCGGCAUCGGCGUCCUUUACUGCAGCUACGGGGAAUAUGAGCCGGAGCGAGAUUAGGGACCUGGAACUCAAGGAGCAAAAAUGGCGGAGAAAAGCUGAAGACCUGCAGAUUCAACUGAAACACCUUAGGGAGGAAAACCAGCAGCUGCUCAACCAGGUUUCCUGCAGCCUCUCCAAAGAAGACAGCACAUUGCAAAAAGAAAGGGAAAUCAUGUUAAAACUAAAAGGAAUUGUUGACAAACAACGAGAUGAGAUCCGUGCCCAGGGGCAAGAGAUUGCCAUCAAAACAAAGGAGGUGGAGGCAUUGCAGGAACAGCUUGAUCGUUUUAUGAAAAUGAACAGUGAUUUACGACACAAGCAGUCAAUUGCUCAAGCUCAGGUGACAAGUGCCAGUGAGACAAAGGCUAAUCUAGAAGCUGACCUUGAGGAGAGGCAAAAGGAAAUUGCGAGGUUAAGAAAGAGGCUAGAGGAAGAAAUAAACAAACAAGAAUCUGGGAAAAUGGAAGAGCCACGGAAUGGUAAGAAUGAAAUAGACCUCACUGAUAAAAUGGUGAUAGACCUGAAGGAUCCCAAUAGACCUUGUUUUACAAAACAGGAGGUGAAACAAAUUCUGAUUGAGAGGAAUGAACUGAAGGCAAACCUCUUCCUUGUUCAGGAGGAGCUGUCCUAUUAUCAGAGGGAGAUCCUGAAUGAUGAGCGUUAUCCAGGAUUCCUCAUGGAGGCUUUCCGCAGUGCCAUUAAGAGACAGAGAAAGAAGAUCAAAGCCAAGAUGCUGGGUAUUCCAGAAGAGCAAUGUAGCAGUGAUGAUGAGCAGAGGGAGACAAUAUUUACUGACAGUGGGCUAGACUGCACUGACAGCGGAUCAUCGGAAUCCAGAAUACAAAACCUGUUUGGUAUCCUGUUUCGGAGAAACAGUGGAAAACCAGCCUCUCCACCACAGCCAUCUGCAGGAUCUUGGGAAAUAAUCACUCCUGAAGAGGCAACGAAUUCUCAAAAGACAGAAUCCGAAUCUUCCAAAUGAACCUAUCCAUUCGACACUUAGCAAUUUGGACUAAAACAGUGAUUUUAUUUCUAUUUAUGCAGGACGUUUGCACUGACAUGCUCCUUCAGUUAUGUACAAUACUGUAUAUACAAUCUUUUUGUAAAGAGAAAAAUAUCAAUAUCAAUGGCAGAAAAUUUGUUUACUAAAGCAUCAGGGAAGUUGGUUUAUAAUUAAGCACAUAUUAAGGGAAAAUGAAGCGCUUUCACAAAGAUAUUCCAUGUCCUUGUAUGUUUAAAGCGGUUAAAAUUGUGUGUAUGUAAACCUGUUUAAGAUUAUUUUUUUAAUCUAGAGGAAGCAAUCAGAAAUUUAAUUAAGAAUGAAGGCAAUUGUUUGGAUUUUACAAAGUAUAUCUUUACCACCAUGCGCAAUAAUAAUGCUGUGUGAUUUUUUUUAUAAUAUAAAUAUUCCCAAGCUGUUAGGUAUGUUGCAGAGCAGCUAUACUGUCUGUUUGAACUGACAAGCUGUAACGAAACAUUUUUGAUAUUUUCUCCACUCUCUCCCUUGAGCUGUUUUAUGCAAGAAAAAAGAAAUCAAUCGAGUCGAGUCUCGUUUAUCAUGGAGAGCUUUAUAGUAUAUAAGGCAGCUAAUGUUGUUGCCUCUUUGACUCUAAAAAAGUAAUUGUUUAACCCUAUUUAUUUUAAAUUUUACAUUUGAGUGCUUACAGUAUAUAUAGACCAGUACUUUAAUAAUGUUUGUAAAUUAUGCAUUUUUUGUCUAAUAAUUACAAAAUUAUUUAAAUAUAUGAAAUAAAGAUUUGUUUGUAAUA